AGUUGGUGUCAUCGCCGUGCGCAACAUUGCUCGUGUAACACGAUAAUUUGUGCACUUUUUUUGUUUUUGUUUAGCAUUAAGUUAACGUACACGGAAAAUGGAUGGCACGCUUACAGUGCCUAAGUCUUUGCCUGCAACGACCACCGUCACUUUGGUUGAGAACAAUGCCAACCCUUCUGGCCUUCACUUAGUAAAUCCACAGCAAACAAACAGAAGUGGAGAUCCAAUGGAUUUGGUAGCAUUAGCUCAGCAAGUACAGAAGGCAGAUGAGUUUGUGAGAGGCAAUGCAUGCAAUAAAUUAACAGUUAUAGCUGAGCAGAUUCGAUACUUACAAGAACAAGCCAGAAAGGUACUAGAAGAUGCCAAAAGAGAUGGUGACUUGCAUCAUGUAGCUUGUAAUUUUGUGAAAAAGCCAGGGAAUGUGUACUACGUAUAUAUGCGUGAAUCUGGACAAAGAUAUUUCUCUAUUCUUUCACCAAAAGCAGGGUCAUGGGGCAGCUGGAGCCUAUCCCAGCAGGAAUCGGAUGCACGACAGAAACAAUCUCUGUGCAGGGUGCCAGUCCAUCGCAGGCUGAACACGCACACAAUAGGGACACUUUAACAGCACCAGUACAACUUACCUGCAUGUGUUUGGACUGUGGAAGGAAACUGGAACACUGGAAGAGAACAAGCAAACUCCAUGAAGGGGACACUCCUAUUUUUCCUUUACUGUGAGAUGACAGUAAUCUACUCUGCUGCUAAAUAAUAAUAAUUUUAAUAAUCAUUCACGAAAUGCCCUUCUGUUUUUGUUGUGUGACGAAAGCUUUUCUUUCUUCUGUUGCCAAUCUCGAACAUGUGACUCUAGAGCACCGUACUUGCGACCUGCUGCCCGAAUGCCUAUCUUCUCUGCUUCCAAAAUCACUUUUAUUUUCUCUCCCACCGUGAAGGAGCGUAAACGCAUGCUGAAUGACAAUGCCAAACUGAUUCAAAAGCAAGAGAGAGAGCGAGCGAGCCCAAGCAAAAGAAGUAAACAUUACAGAAUUAAUUUCCUUGUGUAUGACGCGCACCUGAUUUUCUAAUGCUAAUUUUCGGGUAAAAUAUGUGCAUGGUACACGUGUAAAUACGGCAUAUAAAUAAAUAAAUGAUUGAUGCAGUUUUAGUCUGCUCUAUUGUGGACUCUGUCUUUUUCAUUUUCUCAAAAACAUGCCAUAGAAAAGGUGGUGUGGCCUUUCAUAAAAAUGCAAUGUAGUGUAAUCAGUUCAAUUCAGAUUUUUUUGUGCAAAGUACAAUGAAACUCACAUACUCUUUUUCACAACACUCACACGUGUGAAUCUCUUUCUGAAAGCUUUAUAAAUAAAGAAUGUCAACAGUUGGAGUGGGUUCAGCAUUAGUUUGUCAAAGCUUCACCCACAGUGGCCACUGCAAGCAGACAAACGAGCAAGAAACUCUGAAAAAUAGGACAAAGUAUCUGUGAAAAUGAUUUAUUUCUAGUUUCCUUCUGUUAUCAGAAGGAUGCCUCAUUAAACGCGAAACUAGGGCUGGACAAUAUAUUCCUUCUGAAUGCUAAAAAAAAAAAUCCCCAAAAUCUCCAGCAGUCGUCUUUGUAUGAUAGCUUCAACUUCACCCAUGUUACCUGGAGGUGAUGAGUGUGAGGAGAAAAAAUGGAGUAAGGAUCAGAAAAGGAAUUUUUUAAAUGGUUUAGUUUUCUCCAAGAAGACAGUUGGAUAACUACACUAACGAGUAAUUCACAUUGCAGCGGAUUUUAGAUGUCUGCAUUGUGGAAAUCCUCAUUCAGUACGGUCUCCAUUACUGAAUAAAGACAGUAGCUUUCAUAGUAUCCUGUUGUCUAUUAUUCAGUGUUCAUGCCUCAGGUAUGGAAAUAAUGGCAUCCUGGCCCAUGGGAAGCUUGCCCCAUUCAGGUCUGGACUCGGGGACACUAUACUACAUUAUCUCAGUGAUGUUUGAAUCUUAAGAUUAUCGGAGGAAAUCAAAUCAUAUUACUUUGUAAGCAUGUUAAACUGUUCUAGACAAGACAAAGCAAAUGCAUAAUUUGGAACCACUGCAAAUAUUUUUAAUCAUAAAACAGUACAUGUAUAAUAUACAGAUGCACAAAUACUAUGAUCAGGGAUAAGUGAAGUAAUGAAUUACUUCUGUAAAGAAAGCGCAAUGUUUAUUGGCAGGCAGACACAAAUGCAGUAUAUAUGAGUUUACAUUAUAUAAAAAGUAGAGGAGAUAUUAAAAAAAUAAUGGUUGGAAAAAACAUGUUAUUUGACCUGCUUUACGGCACAGCUAUUCAUGAAAUUAUUAUUUUUUUUUUUAAGAAAAAAUACUUUUG